AUGUAUGACCUAAAAGAACUCAUCUGUUAUAAUUUGCAGCCAUCAGAACUUCUUGCGAUGGUAUGCACGUGCAAAGGUUUCAAAAAUAUUUUAGACGAAAGUAUCAAUCCAUCAGCAGUGGAAAUUUGGAGAAAUUCCAGAAUUAGGUUUACAGCUUUUAAAGAUAGGGAACCACCGUCUGGAAUUAGUCAACAAGGCUUUGCGAGGCUAUUAACCUUUGAGAAGGGUUGUCAGUCUUGUAAAACUAAAGAGAAACCUUCUGAUUCUAUCGAUAGUAGAGCUCUUGAAUUUAUUGUACCAGUAACACCAAGCAUAGAUAUACCAGAACCUCCACAUUAUUGGAUCGAUCAUGUUCAGAAUACUAUCGCGUUUUUAAUGAAUGCUGAUGAUGAUAAUAAGCGAUGCGCGUUAAACAGCUUAAGAGAAGAUGCCGAAGAGAAAUAUGAAGAAGUCCAAAAUUAUGGACAAUGGAUGUUUAAUUUACGUCUAAUCUACCUUGGACUUUUUUCAAGAUUUCACUAUGAAAUUGGAAUUGAUAAAGCAACUUUUUUGAAAAUGCAAGGGGAUUCUCAAUACGAGAAAUUGAAGAUUGAAAUCAAAAAUAAUCCUUUUUUAGUACAUGAUAAUCAGCAAGAUUAUAAAGAUAAACUUUCCGAAAUCGCCGAAAAAGUUAAUUAUAAUAUUACUCCUACACAGGUUCCUAAUAAAAAUACGAUCGCAAGCCAAAAAAUUAUCAUUAAAUGGCUAAAAGAAUUAACAUAUGCCUCAGAGGAUGGUGAUGGAGUUAUAUGCAUUCGGGAAAGACUAUAUAAGUAUUUGCCCCUAUGUCCAAGUUUCAUAACCCCAAUAAUUCCACCGGAUGGACAUUUCCCAACCCAAUUUUUAUCAGCUCUCAGAAACGAAGCUAAAAACCUUGAAGAAGAUAAGGUCGUCCCACCACCAGAUUUUCUUGAGGUGGGUGGGGCGUUAAGGAGGCUUCGGGAAAAGCCGGUCUUCGAGUGCAAUAUUUGUAAUGAACUUUUCCCUACUGGAUUUAAAACAGUUUCACAGCACAUAAGAAACUUUCACAAACUCGAUAAUAGUCCGUUUCAUUUACUUUUUUUAGCAAAAGUGAAUCAUAACGCAGCACUUGAAUACUUGGUUUCUGCAUUUUUUAGAUGA